GAAGUUGUUGGCAAUACUGGAACUUGAAGAUGCCAACGCUUCAGAGCUCUUAGCUAACCUUCAUUUCCUCUUCAGUUCAGAAAAAUUUGCAGAUGGCAUGUUAAUUUGUGAAUCUAGUCAUUUUAGAAUUCACAGAGUAAUUGUUUCGUCUGUUAGCAACUAUUUAAAAAAAAAAUUUGAAGAUGGUCAUCAGCUGUUGGUUUUGGAAGAUAUUAAAUCUGAGAUUUUAUCUCUUGUUUUAAAAUUUAUUUAUGGAGGAUAUGUAGAGGUAAAAGAAAACAAUCUUCCAGCAUUUAUAAAAGCAGCAAAAUUUUUACAGAUUAACAACAUUUGGUGUAAUGAAGACAUUGAGAAAGAUCUGCAAAAUGGAAAUGAUGCUUUUCAGAGAAAGCCACAAAAUUUAGAUAAAUCAGCUCUUUUAUCAGAUCAUGAGGCCCCUGAAAAAGAUGACCAGAUUACACUGGAAGAAAAACUUAAAAAAAAUGGUGUUCUUAUUACAGGUAAUAGAGAAAGAACACUUCUUGGUAUCCCUGCAUGGUUGUUAUCAAGUAAAAGUGUGUCUAUAUCUACAACAGUGCAGUCUGACAAAAAGAAAGAAAAUAGGCUGGGAAGUCACAUGGAUACCUCACAUCAAGCAUCAGAUCUCGAUGAAGAACCUUAUUAUUUGGGAACAGUGCGUCAUCAACAAGGUAAAAGGAAGUAUGAUGCAAAUUCCUUUUCCCCGCAGAAAUGGUUGAAUUAUAGUUCUUAUAAAAAAGUAAUAAGCCCACUACACCCCCUCAAAGAAAGUGUAAUGAAAAGUCAUCAGAUAAGUCCAUCAACUCAUGUCAAGAAUUGUCCACCAGGUUUGGUAAAAACUAGACAGCCUGUUUUAAAAAAUUCAACAACAUACAAAGUUUCUGAUGUUCCUAAACCACAGAAAAUUAAUUACCUGACACCAGUGUCACCUAACCAUAAGGAAAAUUGUAUUACAGUUCCAGUUCAGGCAGAAGAACCACCUGUUAGAAAAAUUAAUUAUGCUCAACCUACCCACCUCACAGAAGUGGAAUUUCCAGAUUGCUCAGAAAAAAGUUCACAGAUUGAUUCAUCCAUUACCCAUAUAGCCUCAGAGACACUGCCUCACAUUGGAAAUAAUGAAGAAAUAGUCUUAAUCAUUGAUGGAUCACUUGAUAUUGUAGAACCUGAGGUAAUUAAGAAAACAGAAUCUGUGACUCUGGAUUUCUCAGAGCAUCUCUAUGAAGAAUUGCCAGAUUUAGAAGACUCUCCUUUCAUAGGUUUUGAAACACCAGAUUUGAUAAAUGUUAAUAUGGAGAAUGAUCAAACUCUAAAUGAGAAGACUUUGACUACUUCCGAUCCCUGGAUAAGUUCAAUUGAAAGGCAAGGACCCAUAAUAUGUGAACAGAGUACAGGAGGUAAUGUGAAUGAAAAUGUGACAGAUACUACCAAAAAGGGUAAUGAUCAACAGGAGGAACCACAAGAUCAAACACCAGAUGGGAUGAUGACCUUAACCCCUUUUGAUCCCUUGAGAAGUUCAAAUGAAAGUCAAGGGCCCAUAACACGCAAAUGGAGUAAAAGUACAGUGGGUAAUGUGAAUGAAAACGUGACAGAUAUUGCCAAAAAGAAAAACAAGAAGACGAUAGUAUGUGGGUUCUGUAAAACUAGGUGUAACAAUAAGAUGGCAUUGGAGAUGCACAUGAGAACUCACAUUGGGAAGAAGUAUUACACCUGCUCAUCUUGUACAUACAAGGCUGUUACAAAGAAAGCUCUGCAAAAUCACAUAGCUAGAACACAUAGAAGAAAGGUUUUAUUAAAUGAUGAAAAAACUUACAAUAUAUUUUAGAUGAGAAAGGUUUUCAGUUAAACGGGAGGAAUGUGGAUAUUUGCCAUGAUAUUUCCCCAGCAUCAAGCAAUGAUAGAUAAUUUACCACUAUCUUAGGUCAACAAAAUACAUCUAUCUUUGUACUGUGGACUUUAUUAUACUACUGUACUGGUUUAAAAGUUAUAUUUUCUUAUAGUACCAUCCACAGUGAAAAUAUUUUUUACUGAUUUGUUGCUUUGUAAAAGACCACAGUACCAAGCUCCAGUUUUCAGGUUUGAAAUGUUAACAAUAUUUUUGGUUAGAGCAUGAUAGUAUUUCAGUUAUUUAAUUAUAUUUCUGUAGUAUCCCUAAACAUACAGAUGUUUUUCCAUUCUUAAAAUUUGCUCACCUUGUUGGCAAGGUGUAUUAUUGUUUUUUUUUUUUACUAGUACGUCAUGUAGCUGGUUCUUGAAUGCACAAGUGUAGGAAAGUGAUACCCCAAAGGAAAUCUGAUUAUCUGAUACAACUUGCACUUGUUUGAUUUAGUUACAAAGUAGUAUCAUUUGUGUUAAGGUGAAGUGAUGUCUAGAAGAAAUAUUUUUAAUUUCAGAGUGAAUGUAACUAGUUUUUACUUUAAUUUCAAAGUGAAUAUAACUAUAGUUUUUAUAAAUUAACAGUUCUGUUAAGGUAAUUUGAGUCUUGAAUUUGAGCUAGUUUAGGAAUAGUUUGCAAAUUUAGUGAUUAUUCUUUGCUGCUACACAAAUGAAAAUUUAAAUUGAAUUAUGGAGUAUUCAAGUAAUUUAGACAGCAGUAUACAGAAUUUUUUUCAGAUAUCAAGAGAAAUAUACUGAUUUAGUUUUUGUUUCAUAAGUUAUGAACUUCUUUUAUUCUCUAUGAUAUUUUUGUUAAAAUUAUAAUUUUAGAUGAUUAUAUUAAAUAAAUAUUUUUAUGACAA